AUGAUGAUGAAAGACGAAGCUUUGUUGAUGAAAUUGAUUGUCAGAGAUAUGUUACAACAAGAUGAUUGCAGAUGGAUUUUUGCGAUGAAGGCUGCAUAUUCAAAAUUUGAAGUGGGUGGAAAUUUUCUGGGUUACAAGAAGAGUAAGAACUGUGAAGAAGUUUCAGAAGAUGAUGAAGCAAUAUUGAUGAUUAUGCGAUUUCAGAGAGAAUUGGAAGGGCAGCACCAAGAACUAUUGCUUCAUCAGCAUCAAGAUGCCAAUCAAGUUCUUUUCUACCAAGGAACUCUUGAAGCUUAG